AUAUACACCCAUCCAUAUAUAUUCACAUAUACCUAAUAAAAUGCCCAAUCCUACCCCCAUCAUCGACAACAAACCCGCCCCUAAUAUCCCAUACUUCACCCCCGCCCAGGUUCCCCCCGCAGGAACCGCCGCCAAUCCCCAAUCCGACGGCCAAUUGCCCCCAAAGCUCUUCCAGCCACUUUCCAUCCGCGGUCUCACCCUGCAGAAUCGCAUUGGCCUAUCCCCCCUCUGCCAAUACUCCGCCGACAAUGGACACCUGACAGCCUGGCAUAUGGCCCAUCUGGGAGGUAUCGCCCAGCGCGGUCCUGGAUUUAUCAUGAUUGAAGCCACCGCAGUCGAGCCCGAGGGCCGCAUCACCCCACAGGAUGCCGGACUCUGGCAGGACUCGCAGAUCGAGCCCAUGCGCCAGGUCAUCGAGUUCAUCCACAGUCAGAACCAAAAGGUCGGCGUGCAGAUUGCCCACGCCGGUCGCAAGGCCUCGACCGUGGCCCCCUGGCUGUCCUCCAACGACACGGCCGUCGCUGAAGUCGGCGGCUGGCCCGACCGCGUCAAGGGCCCCUCCGACAAGCCCUUCACCGAUCGCUUCCCCACCCCCAAAGCCAUGACCAAGGCGGAGAUCGAGGAUCUUAAGAUCAAGUGGGUGGCCGCCGUCAAACGCGCCGUCACGGCGGGAGCCGACUUUAUCGAGAUCCACAACGCCCACGGCUACCUGCUCAUGUCCUUCCUCUCGCCCGCGGUCAACACCCGCACCGACGAGUACGGCGGCAGCUUCGAGAACCGCACCCGGCUAAGUCGCGAGAUCGCCCAGCUCACGCGCGACGCCGUGCCCCCGACGGUGCCUGUCUUCCUGCGUGUGUCGGCCACCGACUGGCUGGAGGAAUCCCGUCCGGAUCUGCCCAGCUGGCGGCUGGAGGACACAGUGCGGUUUGCGCAGGUCCUCGCGGACAGCGGGACGGUCGAUCUGCUCGACGUCAGCAGCGGCGGCGUGCACGCCGACCAGCACAUCCACGCCCGUCCCGGUUUCCAGGCGCCUUUUGCGGCGGCGGUGAAGAAGGCCGUGGGUGCCAAGCUCUAUGUGGGGUCGGUGGGCAUGAUCGACUCGGCGCAUCUGGCGCAGUCGCUCCUUGAGAAAGAUGGACUCGACGUGGUCCUAGUGGGUCGGGGGUUCCAGAAGAACCCGGGGUUGGUGUGGACGUGGGCGGACGAACUGAAUCUGGAGAUCAGCAUGGCUAAUCAGAUCCGGUGGGGAUUCGGGAGCCGGGGAGGAGGAGUCUUUCUCAAGCGUCAGGGGAAGAUAUAGACCUAUAGCAUAUAUACUUCGAGAGUAUAGUAGAUAGAAUGACUCAUGGAUCAACGUUUUGUGCAGAUUAGGUAAGAAACCUGAAUUGUUGGGGUGAAAUGUGGGGUUUCGCCCCAGGCACCCAGGCACGCAGGCCGGCAUCCAUGGAUCUGCCUCGUCUUUCAGGUUCUCCUCGUUUUCAUCUUCUCUUCUUCUCUUCCUCGUUCUUUCUCCUGUUCAUCUUUCUUCCAUCUCCUCCAUCUCUUUCAUCUCGUCCGUCUCUCUUCAUCCGUCUGGCUAUCCUGCUGCCUCCAUCUUCAUCCCGUCAUGGA